AUGGAACCGCUUCCUGUAGCCGUUCCUGUUGCGGACAACGUGAUGGGCCAGUGGAAGGUUCCAGUGUCCGAUGCCAAGGAGUCGUGUUCAGAGAACUGCUUCCCGUGCACGUCCCUCUACGACACCAUGUCUCGCGUCUCCAAGAACAGCAUGGUGUACCUCGUGUGUUUUUGGAUCUGUUUGGGCCUUGGUUGCGCCAGAUUGUUCGUCGUCAUCAUUACUGGCCCCAGUAUUCUCUUGGCAGAUCGAUUGGCAGACCGGUGGUUCCUGAUUGUCCUCACACUAGUUGUACCCUCGUUUCUCGCGACAAGUGUCAUCGCGGCGGCUCGCUACAAGCCCAAAUGA